UUUGCCACCAAGCUGCAUAAAAGCAGCGACGUGGAAGAGGAGAAUUAAGCAGAGAUUCCUGAUUCAUCUCUACAGCUUCGCUCACACACACCAACAUGACAAACCCAGUCACAUACGAGGAACUGAAGGAUCUCUUGGCCAAAAGCAAAGAUCUGAUUCUGAUUGAUGUCCGUGAGACAGACGAGGUGAACAAAGGACGCAUCCCCAGGUCCACUCACAUUGCCCUUGGCACUGUCGAAACCGCUUUCAAAAUGAGCCCAGAUGAUUUCCAGGCCACAUACGGGAUUCCCAAACCUGCAGUGGAUGCGCCUGAGCUGGUGUUUUACUGCCGGUCAGGGAAGCGGUCAGCAGAGGCCAUCAGCAAAGCCAGAGAACUCGGAUAUGUGACAGCACGUAAUUACACCGGCUCUUACCUGGACUGGUCCAGCAGGGAGGGAUAAAGAUUCACGUCGGAGAAGAGCCUCACACUGUACAUUAUAUUUAUACAAUUAUAUAAACUGUAAAAACUUUCUAUAAAUUGACCAUGUUGGUUCUUAUAGAACAUGUCUCUGAAUAUGUGUGAAUAAGUAACUUGCAAAUAUUAUAAAAUUCUUUUUGUUCUUAAAAGUGUUUCUGUGUUUUUACAGACAUGUCAGAUUCAACAUUUCAUAAGAUAUGAAAAGACAGAUAAGUGCAACAAUUUGCAUAUUUUGUACAUUAAUUAAACUUGGGUUGAUUUUAA